AUGGUAAACCUUCACAGAAACCAGUAUCUUGCAGCGACUCUGCUACUUUCUCUCCUAAUUUUGUUGAUAUCUUCUUCAUCAUCAUCUGCUAGACCCUUGAAUGAUUUCAGCCAGCUCGCAGCGACCUCAAACCUUGAACUUCCAAGCGACAGGGUGGUGGUGAUGAGGCCGGAGAAGAAAGCACACGUGUCAGUAGUAGCAUGCGGUGGAAAAGUACACGGGCCAUUCAUCCUGAACAUGCUUCCUAAGGGGACUGUUCCUCCUUCUGCACCAAGUAAAAGACACAAUAACAUCAACAACUAG